AUGUCAGUUAGAGUGGAGGACGGCAAGACCGGAAAGAAAGGGACUCGAACAGUUAACAGGCGACAACUUCCCAUUACGCCCGCAUACGCAUUUACGGAUUACAGAGCACAAGGCCAGACUCUGCCUGCCGUGAUUGUUGACAUAGCCAAGGUUCCUAGUGGCACGCCGCUGAACCUUUUCAACGUCUAUGUCGCACUUUCGCGCAGCGCAGGGCGCCACAGCAUACGCCUGCUGCGCGAGUACGAUCGCAGCGUGUUCAGGCAGACACACGAGCCUGAGUUGCUGGCGGAGGAUGAUAGACUGGAAAGAUUGGAUGUGGCGUCGAAGGAGCGAUGGGCAGCAUAUCGUUCUAGGUUGUAA